GUGUGGCGCGGGGGGCGGGCUAAGUGUUUGGCUGGUGUUGCUUGCAGCCAGGGAGGUGCUGCUGUUUCUGAGGCUGCAGGAGCGGGUCGCUGAGGGGAACCUGCGCUGUGCCGGCAACACAGAAUAGGAAUUCCUUCACUCUCUUGGACCCUUGCAGUUAAUGUUUUGCCAGGGAGACAAACAAGAGCUUGUUACAAAAUCCAACAUAAAAGAUACGAGGGAGACGCUGUGGAAUUGGACAGCGGAGUUUGCAUUUGUGUUUCCGCCUCAUCUCAUUCGCAAUUGUUCUGUCUCUUGAAGUAAAUGUCUUUUACUGAAAACCUCAAUGAGUCAUCAAACUUUUAAGUUGUCUGCUUUGACCUAAUUAUUGGAACAACAAACAACUGGUCGCUGGUUAAAUAUCGCCAUCGCUGUCAUUGGAAGGCUUGUAUUUGGUUCUCCACUUCCAGUUGCAGAAUGGCUGGCUACGGGUAUUACAGGACCACCAUCUUCACAGCUAUGUUUGUGGGUUAUACCCUGUACUACUUCAACAGAAAAACCUUCUCAUUUGUGAUGCCAUCGAUCAUGGAGGAGGUGACCUUGGAAAAAGAUGACUUGGGUAUGAUAACCAGCAGUCAGUCGCUAGCGUACGCCAUCAGCAAGUUUAUCAGCGGCGUGCUCUCCGAUCAGAUCAGUGCCCGGCUGCUCUUCUGCACCGGACUCUUCCUGGUUGGAGUGAUCAACAUCGUCUUCUCCUGGAGUUCCACCGUCACUGCUUUUACCGCACUCUGGUUCUUUAAUGGACUGGCCCAAGGCUUUGGGUGGCCGCCCUGUGGGAAGAUCCUACGCAAGUGGUUUGAACCAGCGCAGUUUGGAACAUGGUGGGCUGUGUUGUCCACCAGUAUGAACUUGGCGGGCAGCCUGGGCCCACUGAUCGCCACCACCAUGGCUCUGAGCUACAGUUGGCGGGUUACCCUCUCCCUGUCCGGCUCCAUCGCCAUUGGGGUUGCCUUCCUCUGCCUGUUCUUCAUCGUCAACGAGCCGAUGGAUGUGGGACUACCCAACAUCGAACCGGGCGCGAAGAAAGGAGACAGGAAAGGGUCAACUGGACAUGAGAGCACCUUGAAGGAGCUGUUACUGACCCCAUAUCUAUGGGUGCUGAACAUUGGCUACCUGGUGGUGUUUGGUGCAAAAACCUGCUGUACAGAUUGGGGUCAGCUCUUCCUCAUCCAAGAGAAGGGACAAACUGCAAUUAUAGGGAGCUCGUUCAUGAGUGCACUGGAAGUUGGUGGUCUGCUGGGCAGUAUUACUGCUGGAUACCUGUCUGACAGAGCUGUCGCUCGGCAUGGACUUCGCAGUCACGGCAACCCUCGACAUCAACUGUUACUAUCCAUGAUGGGAGGAAUGGCCGUAUCGAUGUACCUCUUUAGAGUCACGGUAACAACAGAGUCUGCCAAGUUAUGGAUUCUCUCCUUGGGAGCCAUGUUUGGGUUCUGUUCCUAUGGGCCCAUUGCACUGUUUGGAGUGAUAGCGAAUGAGUCUGCGCCUUCCAACCUGUCCGGCACGUCUCACGCCAUUGUGGCUCUCAUGGCAAACGUGGGGGGGUUUCUGGCUGGACUCCCGUUCAGCACCAUCGCGAAGAAAUACAGCUGGGACAUGGCCUUCUGGAUCGCUGAGGUGACGUGCGCUGUCACCACCGUGGCCUUCUUCCUGCUGAGGAACAUCCGCACCAAGAUGGGCCCCGUGCCCAAGAAGGAGGACUGACUGAGGCGCGUUCCUGCAGUGGAGAGCCUUCUGCUUUGAUCAUGUUGGUAAAAGCUCAGUAGUGAGUGUACUUCUGCGCACACUGUUACUCUCAGUCUGUAGGCUGCAGGUCCCACCACUAAAUUCCCACUUUCCCCAAGUUCCAUCUCAAUAGACAAUAGGUGCAGGAGCAGGCCAUUUGGCCCUUCGAGCCAGCAUUCCUAUAGGAUUCUCCCAUAAGAAUCAGUGUAGACCUUGGCCCUGCUUCUUUACAUAACUAAAAGACAAAGAUGUACGGAUUUGUAGGCUAAUUGGCCUCUGCCUCCCGUGUGCAGGGAAUGCAUGCUAAACACAGAACUAGUGUGAAUGGGUGAUCAGUUGUAAAAUUGUCCCAAUAGACACUGGGCAAUUGGUGCAUGAGUAGGCCAUUCAGCCCUUCGAUCCAGCACUACCAUUCAAUGUGAUCAUGGCUGAUCAUCCCCAAUCACUAUCUCGUUCCUGCCUUCUCCCCAUGUCCCCCUACUCCGCUAUCUUUAAGAGCCCUAUCUAGCUCUCUCUUGAAAGUAUCCAGAGAACCUGCCUCCACCGCCCUCUGAGGCAGAGAAUUCCACCGACUCACCACUCUCUGUGAGAAAAAGUGUUUCCUCGUCUCACUUCUAAAUGGCUUACUCCUUAUUCUUAAACUGUGGCCCCUGGUUCUGGACUCCCCCAACAUCGGGAACAUGUUUCCUGCCUCUAGUGUGUCCAAACCCUUAACAAUCUUAUAUGUUUGACUAAGAAUCCCUCUCAUCCUUCUAAACUGCAGAGUGUACAAGCCCAGCCGCUCCAUUCUCCAUGCAUAUGACAGUCCCGCCAUCCUGGGAUUGAAAUCACCAUCUGCAGUUCUUUUCUACACCUGAAAUGAUACGGCCUAGUGACUAUCAGUUGUGUGUUGCACAGAAUCUAUUUGGCGUCAGCUGGUGAGCUAUUAUCCAUGUGAUACCACAGAUGUUCUCUACUGCUGGGGUUUGUGUCUUCAGCUCUUCUGUUCCCCCGUCAACAUUCGUCAUGAAUUGGAAUAACUCUCGUCAAUCGCACCUGGUUCCUCCUCGCGCUCAACAAAAAACCUAGACGUUAUCCGUGGCUUCUACUGAUGUCCUCCAGCAAGAUGCGUCACGUGGGUGACCCAAGUGAAUAAUGGAAGGACACUGCCUGAAAAUGAAGACUGUUUACACUGUGAUCACAAUUGGAUUGGGACUGGAGUUUGAUAUAAAUGGUGCUUUAGAUUUGUCUGUGUGAUCACUCGUGCUUUCUCUCCCAGUCAGGGUACAAUGAACAACAAUGGUGAUCCCAUGGUCCUUGUUGCCUGCUCCACCAUUCAAAAUGAUCAGGAUGGAUAUAAUCUACCUCUGCUCCAAUCUUUCCCACUCUUCCCCCCUUUUCUCCCUGUGUCCAAAAUAUGUUGUUCUCUUGCCAACAAACCAUAGAUGCAGGAGUAGGCCAUUCGGCCCUUCGAGCCAGCACUGCCAUUCAAUGUGAUCAUGGCUGAUCAUCCCCGAUCAGUACCCCGUUCCUGCCUUCUCCCCAUAUCCCCUGACUCCGCUAUUUUUAAGAGCCCUAUCUGGCUCUCCCUUGAAAGCAUCCAGAGAACCUGCCUCCACCGCCCUCUGAGGCAGAGAAUUCCACUAUCCCUGGUGACUGAAGAAAGACUGCCCUUACAGGUGAUGAAUUCUAAAGAUUCACCACCCUCUCCCGAAAUCGGCAUCCUCUUGUAUGCUGAGUUUGUAACCUCUCUUGCCCCUAGUCAUCCUCUCACUCUAUCCUCUCCAGAUCUAGUAUUAGCUUUCAGUUGUGUUGUUCAUGUAAACUCCAGAGAACUGGACGUCCCAGGACAAUCCCCCUUCAUCCUGGGAAUCGAUGGACUGAACCUUCGGUACGUUUGCUGUUGGAUGUGUUCAUCAUUCCAUGGAUAAAGGAGAUCGGAACUGUAGAUGGUGGUCCAGUUGUGAUUGGCAUACUCCAUUGAUAUGGACAUUCUUUAUUUUCAUUUAUUCAUUAGUUCAUGGGAUGUGGACACCACUGGAAAGACAUACCUUAUUAACCACAAAAAUCUGGAGUAACUCACUACUCCAAACCUAGCCAACAAUUUUUACAACUGUAAUAUGACGUCCCAACUCCUAUACUGAUGAAGGCAACUGUAGAUGGUGGUCCAGUUGUGAUUGGCAUACUCCAUUAUAACUUACCCAUAGCUUCACCAAGUUCACUUGCAGUUUCGACAAAAUAAUUUAUCUGCGAGGAUCCCAGCGUCAUCUGCCCAUGGACAUUGUCCAGUUCCUCGCUACUUUAAAGUAUUCUGUUUUUUUGUUUUUCCUCGUAGAAACUCUUGGAUUUCUCUGCACUUCUAUUCUCUCUGUCCCCAUCCCAAUGUCUCUAUGAUCUUCCCAAGCAGACGCCAUUGAUAUCAUUGUUUAAGGAAGAACUUCAGAUGCUGGGAAUAAAAAUCAAAGGUAGACAAUAAUGCUGGAGAAACUCGGCUGGUGAGGCAGCGUCUAUGGAGCGAAGGAAUAGGCGACGUUUCGGGUCGAGACCCUUCUUCUCGAAGGAAUAGGCGACGUUUCGUGUCGAGACCCUUCCGGGUCUCGACCCGAAACGUCACCUAUUCCUUCGCUCCAUAGAUGCUGCCUCGCCCGCUGAGUUUCUCCAGCAUUGAUAUCAUUGCUCCGAUACCCCAGGUGUUUACACUAACCUGAUUGCCUGCUUCUUCCUACUGUUCAAGAACAAGAGGUAAACAUUGUCCAUGGCUUCUAUUUAUGUCCUACAGCCGGAGGUGACGUGUGUGAUCAUCCAGGUGAAUAAUGGGAGGAAGCUUACUAAAUUAGUUAUGUUUACAUUAAGAUUUUAAUUGGAUUGGGAUUGUGGUUCUAAUGUGCGUGAAUGCUCAUCCUCUCUCUGGCAGAUUCCCAGCAUGAGACUUGACCCUUCAUUCCUGUUGUGUUACUCCCAACUGUAUCAGUCUUAAUCUCUAAAGGAACCUUGUGUCGCAUCUUGCCAAAAUACCCUUUGAAUAUCUAAACGACAUCCUCUAUCUCCCCUUUAUCAAACCUGUGAAUUAAAAUGUUAACUGAAAAGGUCUUAGAUUGUCAAACACUAUUUCCCUUUUAUAGUUUUUUGACACUGCACAACAACACCUUCUGCGUAAUCAGUACCUUUCACUUCUAGUACUUAACUAGCUGAUCUUUAGUUCACUAUUCUCUCUUCCUCUGAAUAAUAGGUUUCUAUUUGUUCCCUUACAAUCUCAGAAAUUAAAAUUUAUAUUGGUAUCAUUGUGGAUAUCACUUUUCGAACUCCUGGUGUUGGAUUUUGGUGCCAUUGAUAUGGACAUUCUUUCUUUUCAUUUAUUCAUUAGUUUGUGGGAUGUGGACACCACUGGCAAGGCAUACUUUAUUAACCACAAAAAGCUGGAGUAACUCAGUACUCCAAACCUAACCAACAAUUUGUACAACUGUAAUAUGACGUCCCAACUCCUAUACUGAUGAAGGCAAGCAUACCAUACACCUUCACCACGACCGACUUGUGUCGUCACUUCUGGGGGAACUCUCCACCUCUACCCCGGGUCUCUCUGCUCUGUAACACUCCCCAGAGCCUUGCAUUCACUGUCUCUCUUGCCCACUUGGUUCUUACUUCUAUGUAGAUUGCUUUGUUCAGAUACAAGACCCUGCUUAGUAAUAUUCACCAGGUUACGAUCCUCACGUGCUCUUUCAUUACAACUUAUUAAAAUCCCAUGUACAGCAGCUGUUUUUUUUUAAUUUUCUUGCUCCCUAGUUAGCUGACAUACUCUUGUUGAAACUGUCAAUGUAUUCUCUCUCUACACACACGCACACGCACACACUCACACACACACACUGACUACAUGCACAUUGAUAGAUAACCACCUCAGACUACACCCACCUGUAUUCUAUCCCACCUUGUUUCUUGGCAGUGAAACUGGUUCUACAUUGAGUGUUGAAAGGAACUGCGGAUGCUGGUAUAUACCGGUUCUGCAGGUGCUGUUAUAUCCUCUACAUUUAUUUUAUUGUCUCAUACUCUCCUUUGCUGUCUUUCCCCCCUAUACUAUACUUCAUAUUAUCAUGGCUUCUAAUUUCUUCCACACCUUCCUUCUUAAUAUUCCUCUUUUUCAAUAAAAGUCAAAGGUUCUGGUAAAUGUAGCACUGCCUGCUUCAUCUUUCACUUUCAUGGAAUUCCAUAACUCCAACUCUUUCAUAUCUGUUGAUUCAUUUUUUUUGUUAAUGGCUGUAAUGCAAGUUUAGAUUAAGUCUUUAUAAUGAUCUCCCAUCUCUCAUGAUCAAUGUCCCACGACUUUCAUAGAUUGUUCCAGGUGACCCGUUAUUUUUCUGUUCAACAGUCUUGAUGAUGACGACUUUAUACUGUAUCCCCCCCUAAUGAAUCCACCAUCAACCUUUUAUUAAAUCCUAUCCCACUGCCCUUGGAGUAUUGAGUUGGAUUUAUAGUCAUAGAGUGAUACAGUUUGGAAACAGGCCCGUUCAGCCCAACUUGCCCACAACGACCAACAUGUCCCAGCUACACUAGUCCCACCUGAACACUAACCGUGGAGGCCGUGCCCACCUGAAUACUUGCUCAAGUACAAACCCCUGCCCACAAAGUCCCAAUAGAGCAGAUGUUUGAUUAGCACACACAUCAAUGUUUUAAUUAACUAUCAAUGUUGAUUUACACAUGAAAAUAAUGCACUGACUUCAAUGUGCUGAGGUAUUAAGUGCACGGCUUCUAAACGUGGUUGACCUCCCACUUUCCUUAAGUAAUAUAUACCUAAACUUUUGCUGUUUUUGUGGAGUUGGCAGGGUCAUCCACAAACAGGGCUCUUAAAUGUGUAAAGUUAUCAAUCACAGAUCAAUCCUCUCCUCUUUAAAAAUUGAUUCUCUGUCCAGUUUGUACUAAUGGAUGCCAACUUGUAGCAACGUUGUCCACUCUGGGAUUGUCCGUUUGACAAGCCAAGUAAUUUAUUGUGUGCUAGUAUUAAUAUUCUAGAUCCAGCAAGCAAGGAUAAUAACCAAAGUACCUUUUACAUCCAUCAACUGAGCAGGAUUAAAUAUCAAUGUGGCAGUGUAACCAGGUGUGAAAUGAAUUAAGCAGCCUUUGUAAUAAAAUAUGUAAAUAUGCCAAAUUA